CACCUCUGCCUCCCGGCACUUGAUAGCCGCCACGACAACACCUUCCUCUCCCAUCAAAGCCAACGAAAAAUUUCGAUCCACCGGAACAAAUAAAAGAGAGAUGUCCCUGAGCACGGCGAUGAAUUCGGCGACCAUGGCCUCCUCGCUCCGCCUAUCCCCCGCAGUCGCCCUCGCCUUCCGCGCCACGUCUGGCCGCCGCUCAGCCACCUCCUGCGCCCCCGGCCUCCGAUUUACCAAGCGGCGAGGAAGUGUGCUGAGGCUGUGCAGCGCUCGCCCUACCGCUCCGGCGUCGGACGGCGAGUGGUGGGCGAACGCGUGGUGGGCGACGGAGCUCACCCCGGAGGAGCUCCCCACGCAGGAAACCGACGCGCCGACGACCGGGCACGGCAAGGAGGAGCUGGACGCCAUACGGAACGCCCUCGUCGACGAGCCCCUCCGGCCGAUCCUGCUCGCCCUGAGCGAGAUCAGGGACCGCGGCCACUUCUUCCGCUGCCGUAGCUACCACGCCGGGAUCAUCACUGGCCCAUUGCUAGUGAUUGCUGCUUUUUGCCAGCUCGGUAAAUUAGUACCGCACCUUUUUGUGGAUAUAAUUCUUGGAUAUAUAUUCUACAAGUUGAGUGUUUUAGCAGCAGAACUGAAAAGGAAUGGGAAGUCAAACCACAUGUGUGCUCGGAUACAGCUCGUUCUGUUAUUUAUAUUGUCAUUCAAGAACAACAACAACAUGGCUUUCUUGGGUGUUUACCGCCUCAUCACGGAGUUGAUUUGGAUGUUUGGUCUUCAAGUGUACAUAGGAGCUGUGAUCUAUGAAACCGGUGACGUGGAGGAACCAAGAUUCCACUUGCUAGGAAUUUACAAGAUACUGAAAACUAAAGGUGGUCUGAUGAGGGUGAUCAAGAAUACCUUUGAGGAAUAGCAUUUGUCAUGUUAAAAUUAAGGGUAGUAGAUGAGGAGAUAGAAAAUUCGAUUGAGGAAUAGCCUUGGUAACGUUAAGGCAUUUGGGCAGCUCAUUUUCUUAGUGACGCCUCCUGUUAUUACUAUGAAUUUUUCACUUUACAGACGAUUAUCACUGCCCAUAGCUCUGUCAUUUGGAUGGUGCAUUGAACAGAAUUUAGCCACAGCUACCAUGCAUGCUAGCUCAUUUGGAUACCCAUUUGGACAAUGUCAUUACAUGA